AUGGCUCCUGAUACAGAAAAGUUCGCGCUCUCCGAAGUGCCUGUUGAUGACUACGAUGGAGAAAAACUAGGGAGAACAGGUUCUGCAAUUGUCGGCAGCAUCGACGAUAUCACUAUCCUCGACCAGCUGGGUUACAAACCCCAACUACACCGCAACCGGUCUAUGUUGACGCUAUUGUUCCAAUCUCUUGCCAUUGCCGCCAUUCCUUAUGGUGAGGGAUCGCCGUUGGCCAGUGCCAUCUACGGUGGUGGCCCUUUGUCUAUCUUCGUCGGUUGGCUCAUAGUGCUCGUCUUGGACGAAUGCAUAGCUGUGUCGUUAGGCGAGCUUGCCUCGAAAUAUCCCACCUCGGCCGGACCAUACUACUGGUCUUUCCAGGUUGCCACCAAAGGGAAGACCGUGUUGUCCUUCAUUACCGGUUGGACCUGGCUCAUUGGCAAUUGGACCAUUACACUCUCGGUCAAUUUCGGUUUUGCCUCACUCCUCGCCGGCACAAUAGCCAUGUACCAUCCAGAUUGGGUGGCCCAAGAUUGGCAGCUCCUCCUGAUCUUCUACGCCAUCUGCAUAAUUACCUUGUUCAUCUGUACAUUUGGUAAUCGAUACCUACCGAUGGUCGACACGAUCUGCGCUGCCUGGACAGCCCUGAGUAUCGUUGUCAUCCUGAUCGCUCUUUCGGUCAAGGCAGAUGCUGGCAGACACAGUACAACUUAUGCUUUGGGCCAUUACGACACGUCAUUCUCAGGCUGGGGCGGGUUCACGUUCUUUAUUGGCCUCCUGCCGCCUGCGUACACAUUUUCCGCGCUUGGAAUGGUUUCAGCGAUGGCAGAAGAAUGCGCCAGUCCUGCACUCAAAUUACCCAGAGCGAUGAGUCUAUGUGUGCCUGUUGGCGGGCUCGCAGGCUUGUUUUUCAUUUUGCCUCUUUGCUACACACUUCCACCAUUGGAAGACAUUCUGGCUGCCCCUUACGGACAGGCGCUACCAUAUAUUUUCUACCGUGUGAUGGGCACACCUGGAGGCGGACUGGGCCUGAUGUUUCUGGUCCUGGUCAUUACACUCUUCUGCAGCAUUAGCAUCACCACGGCAGCCUCGCGGUGCACGUGGGCAUUCGCCCGAGACGACGCAAUUCCCCUUGCGCGACUCUGGUCCAAAGUCAAUCACAAACACGGCGUGCCCGUUUAUGCUCUUCUGCUCGUGACUCUGGUGCAACUGCUGCUCGGAGUGAUUUAUCUGGGCUCGACCUCGGCAUUCACGGCGUUUGUCUCCGUCGGCGUGAUCGGGCUUGCCGUCUCCUAUGCCAUCCCUAUUGGAAUCAGUGUUUGGCAUCGACGCCGCGAAGUGUCGACCGCGCGGUGGAACUGUGGACCCGUUCUUGGCCCCAUCGUCAACGUCGUCGCGCUGUGUUGGAUCGCCUUUGAAGUCGUCCUGUUCAGUAUGCCUACUGCUCUGCCGGUCACCAAAGUCACCAUGAACUAUGCAAGUGUGGUUCUGGUCGGAUUUCUGGUCAUCUCCGCCAUCUGGUAUGCCGUCUAUGCUCGAAAGGCAUACAAGGGUCCUCCGGAAUCGGAUGGCAUUGCUGCGUGA